AACCACCUGUAAACAAUAGUGACUUUCUAGUUUUGAUUUUUAUAUAUAAUUCCGAUGAAACGCGUAAAAAAUGCUCCUAAAGAUAUAUAUUUGUAGUUUAGUAUUAGGAUUUUGUUUUAUAAUGAAUGGACACGGCCGACCUUCGAAAGGAAGGAAACGAAGUCGAGGAAAAUAUCAGAAGACGGAACCAAAACUAACGAAGGCGGAAUGGAAACAGAUUCAUAAAUUUGAAGACGCACUCAAAGACGAAGAAGGCAAAUUGUUUUAUACUGACUCAUGGGCAGUGAAAUUCACAGAUCAGGCUGAAGUCGAAGUGGCCGAUAGAAUUGCAGCUAAACACGGUUUUGCUAAUUUAGGAAAGGUUGGCACUCUCGCUGGUUAUUAUCAUUUCAAACAUAUUGGAAACGCAUUUCGUGGGAAAAGAAGCACUCAUGAAAAAACCAAAUUACUGAUGUCUGAGGAUGAGGUUUUAUGGGCUGAGCGUCAACAUGUACUUAAUCGGAACAAACGUGAUGGAGUGCCUUCGGAUCCAAAGUUUCAAGAUCAAUGGUAUCUGUUUAACCAAGGUCAGUCAUCUGGGCCCGCAGGUGUUGAUGUCAAUGUCGUACCGGUUUGGCGAAGUGGUAUCACAGGACGUGGUGUUGUAGUCAGUAUACUGGAUGACGGAGUUGACAGCACACAUCCUGAUCUACACGAUAACUUUGAUCAGAAAGCAAGCUAUGAUUUUAACGAUAUGGACGCUGAUCCACAUCCGCGAGACACUGAUCCGGACAACUGCCAUGGUACACGAUGCGCUGGCGAGGUCGCAGCGAAAGCUAACAAUAGUAUCUGUGGUGUUGGCGUCGCAUAUAAUGCAAAUAUUGGCGGUGUGAGGAUGUUAGAUGGUCAAGCGACAGACGUUCUUGAGGGAAGCGCCCUCAGUUUUCAGUCAAACUACAUCGAUGUCUACAGCAAUUGCUGGGGUCCAAAAGACGAUGGGAAGACUUUUGGGAAACCAGGGAAGCUCGCUCAGGAAGCUUUAAAGGAAGGCGCGUUGAAGGGAAGAGAUGGUAAAGGGAAUAUCUAUGUUUGGGCCACGGGGAAUGGUGGAUUGACAGACGAUGAUUGUAACUGUGAUGGUUAUACCACCAGCAUAUUCACGAUAUCAGUUGGGUGUAUUGGUGACCACGGUCUAUCAGCUUAUUACACAGAACUGUGUUCAUCAACGCUCGCUGUGACCUUCAAUGGCGGAUCCCAUAGAGAGAAAGAAGAAAACAAAAUUGUGACCACAGAUCUUCAUCACAGAUGUACAGAAGAGUUUAAAGGAACGUCUUCAGCAGCUCCACUGGCAGCAGGGAUGAUAGCUCUCGCGUUGGAGGCAAAUCCAAACCUAACUUGGCGUGAUGUUCAACAUGUUAUUGUUGAAAGUGCUCAAGUAACAAGCCCAGUUGACGAAGGCUGGAUCAGCAAUGGUGCAGGUUACCACUUUAAUCAUAAGUUUGGCUUUGGAAGAAUGGACGCGUACCAACUGGUACAGAAAGCAAAAUCCUGGAAGAAUGUCGCUCCUCAAAGAGUCUGUAAGGGACCAUCUAGUGAAACACAACAGGAGAUCCCAGCAGGAGGAACAUUAUCGGUUACCAUAGACACGAUUGCGUGUGCAGACACGAAGGACGAUAUAGAAAAAUUGGAGCAUGUCACACUGACCAUGAGCUUCCAACAUCGCAGACGCGGGCAAGUCAGUAUCGAUCUUUUUUCACCGAGUGGGACUAGGAACGAAAUGCUGUCGACACGUCGCUAUGACGAUUCAAGGAACGGGCUUCAUGAUUGGACGUUUAUGACGGUUCAUAAUUGGGGAGAAAACCCGAAAGGCGUGUGGAUUAUGAAUGUUACUGAUAAUAUAAACAUUCUGGGAAAACACCUGAACGCGGGCACGUUUAUUCAACAUGACACAAGUAAACAGGCAGCCGAUGUCGAGGACCUUGAACAAGAGGUCAUUGAUGAUCAAAAGAAGACAGAGGAGUUAGAACGAGUACAUGACGGAACGAGCACCCCCCGUCCUGUGCAGGAUAACGCACGAUAUCCGGAGGGGGUGAAGAAAUUCACUAUCGACCGAGGAAUGCCAAGAACUGAGGACAGAAAAUACUUCACUGAAGGUUAUGUGACCCAGCCAACAUUUUGGAAUCGCUCAAACUCCGCUUAUUAUAAUGACUUUAACUACGGUCGACCGAUGACGUACGGUUACGUAGACCAACCGUACACUUCCGAGUAUCAAUACGACGAAGAUCCGAGAGGGCGAAGAUACGUUAAACGAGAUACAAUGUUCGAUUCAAUUUAUCCCGACGAUGAUCGUGAGAACUUCGUAACAAGUUCGGAGAGCAAACGUGAACAGACGUACAUUGACGCGCACCCACAAGAGACACUCGAGGAGACUGGGUCCCAAAGAGUCCAAGUUAAUAACGGAUUUCAAGAAGACUUUGUUCCGGGGUUCAACUCCGAGUCGGGACAUGUUACCUCGGGGAUUUUACUCCAGUGGAAGCUAACAUUUUAUGGCACUGGUUCACAGGCCCCUGACGAUGACGACACUUUAUAAGGGUAUGCUCAGGAUACGUGUGUAUUAAUA